AUGCAACGCUACAGCCGUGUGUGGAAAAGCGCUGCUGAAGCCGCUUUCCGGCCACACUUACACCGAGAAGAUUGCCGCAUAUGCGCUGCCGCAACGUCAGCGCAGAAGGACACAAAACAUGUCGACUCUGUAACCUUGAGCUGCGCCAUUGACCUCGGGGACGGCGCUGCGUCAGCGGCUUCUGGCUCCUGCACGUCAAGCCACCAAGAUGCCUCUUCCUUUCUCGGCAACGUGACUUCGUCGGUGUUUGAGCUACGGCGCGCUGCGCUCUUAGAAUGGCAGCAGCGAUUUUUGGAGCCGGAGCGGAAAGAGGGCGUGUCUGGCGUGGAGAGUCUCUUUCGGGGGGAAAGGCCAGAGGUUCUCAACAACAGCGCCGACUUCGACGCUGUAUACGAGGCCUACUUGCGUUGUGACGAUGUCACAGUGCAAGAAGCCCUCUUCUCUCGUCUGGUGGAUUGGGUAGACGCUCAAUGCAGCCAGCCUGUGGAGCAAUCUAGUGUGACGCCGACGCCGACCCCCGCUGCGGUGACCACCUCGACUGCUGCGGUGGAGGAGCAGCAGUGGGGCGGUGUUCGCAUCCCGCAGUGCUUAGUGGCCCCUCGUGUGGACGCAACCCUAGCGCCGAUGGCGCCAAAAGUGACUGCACCUCUCAUUGGCGUAGAGACCGGCAAUGUGCACGCUGCGAAUGACUUCGAGACGUACGUGCGGCGGCGUUUCUCGGAGCAUCUCCCGUCCAUCACCAAGCAACUGAACUUUCAAGAAGCACUGCUGGCGGUGCAGACGGUGCUGAAUUCGCAAAACAUUCGCUUCUUCCUCGCCUGUGGCACAGCGCUGGGUGCGCGGCGUGACGGUUGCUUCAUCCCUUAUGACGAGGACAUCGACCUUGGCAUCCUCUACACCGAUAUCGUGGCGCCCCUAGCAAAUGGCGAUGCUCUGCCGAUGCCCGACUUCUCUUCCCACUCUGCCGCCCAACCUGGGUUGAGCUGCGCGCAGCUGCGGGUGUAUCGACUCCUUCACGCGCUGUCAUUAACGCGCGCAUUCGUUGUCUUUGACAUUUGCGGCGCCGUUGAAAAGGGGCUGGAGCUGCGCAUUUUGCACAUGGCCACCAGCACUCGCAUUGACAUCAAUCUCUACUAUCCACCUCUGUGCACCACUACCUGCAGCGGAAACGAUGAUGCCAGCGAUGACUCGCUAGUGCGGGAACUGGGGCCCUUUGUGUGGGCCUCCUCGUUUUACGAGGCAGCUGACGCGCGCAAGCACCACAUGUAUCGCUAUCGCCACAAACCCUUCGCCACAGAGCUGGAGGAGCUUUCAUUUUGUGCCAAGACAACAUCCUUGGGCAGUGGGUUCUUGGUGCCCCCAGAGCGCUAUCUCGUCGAGAACUACGGUGAGGAUUGGCGGACACCGAAGCAGUACUCGUACACGGAGGGCCUUGCAGGCGAGUUCAAGAACAUCCUGAAGGAAUAG